AUGGAUCAUGCAAGCGAAGAUACAUGGUUCGCGACAAAGCUGGAGCCUAUGAGGCCAUCCUCAGUGACAUCAACUAUUCCACAGGAUUCACCGAGGACGACCAAUUCACAGGUGGUCGAAAGACCGCUCAAUUUUCCGCCACCCAGGAGGUCGAAUACUCCUGAUUCCGUUCAACAAUCAACUUCGAGUUCACGAUGGGAGCAUCUUCGUCAACAUGUUCUGCAGGCAUCGAGUCGGUCCUCUACUCCAGUCGAACCCUCCAGGCCGACGUCUGUAACUUCAUCCAUUACUUCAUUCACCCGCCCUUCAACACCGAAACCCUCUCGACUUGCACGACUUGGCUUCCGACAGGUCGUCGAUGUUGCUCGGGAAAGGGACGAUACACGUAGAUUCGGGGAGGAGAUUAUGAAGAACAUCUGGUUGUCCAGGCAAGCUGGGUCGAAGACGAAGGCUGAGAAGGAACCCAGCUCUACAACAGCGUCCCCAAUCUAUCGUCCUUUUAUGCCGAACACGACAUCGGGCGUCUCGAGCCUUCAAAAUACUGGAUUGAGCAAGAAGGACGAGUUACGUCGGCCUCAAUCCAUUCAGUCUUUGUCGUCGGGGCGGUUUGUCGCGUCACUGAAGCCACUUUGUCAGUUGCUCAUGUAUCAUGCUGGCGCGGGUUCUGAGACCGUUGUACUAUCCGCUCAUCUUCCACACGAAGGACAGGUUCUUGCCGCACUGCUGAAUCCGUUCCUACUCCCCACGACAGGUAAUGACGUUGACGAAGAAGAACGCCUGUUGGCUAUCGAAACCUUUGAACUCUUGAUUAAAGGUUGGACUCCUUCCGAUGAGGCAGCAAGUGUUGCACGGUGUAUGUGGUGCUGUAAAGCGGCCAUGGUGCCCCCUUCACCGAACCGCUCUCGAGUCCUUGGGUAUCUUUGGCGGUGUAUCGUUCCUGGGGAUAGAAAUCGCGCAAUCAUCUCACCAAUGGCCAUGCAGAGUGUUGCGCACGGACUCUUGAUGCUUCUUGCUUCUCUUCAUGCACUAACCAACCCGGUGCAAGAGGAAGAUGUUAGAUUGACAAAGGAUCUUAUUCUCCAAUUUAUCUCAGGGACAUUCGGUGAAUUGAACGAGAAAGCUGUAGAGGAGGAAUAUGAGGCGCGUUGGCUUCCUGGCGACAUGAAGGGAGCAGUCAGAAAGGCCUUGUUUCUCGAAGCGCUCACAAAGUGCCUGGAGAACUGUGCUCAAGUUACUCGCGUUUGGUUGCUCCAACACGCGAUUGAAGAAUAUUGGCCUGUGCCUUCAAAAGGCACCUCUGUCACAUUGCUUCAAGGAGUUAUCCGUUUCAGAACAAUAAACACCUUCUGUAGAGCCGCCCACAUUUUAUUGACAUCUCUGACAGUGAAAGAAGAGGACAAAUUGGUGAUUGCCCACCAUAUUGUCAGGGCAUUUCAGAGCAGAAUUUUACCGGAGACGGACAGCCUUGACCAAACACUUGGUUUGGAAGCGCAGACACACGUUGCCAAGGUCGCUCUUGAGAUUCUCUGCCUUGCAAAUGCUAAGGAGCAGGUUGGGUGGGCUAUCACAACUAUUUGUCGUUGGCUAAAGGACCGGGAUGGUAACUGGAAGGGCAAUUUUGAGAAACGGAUUCGAAAGUUGGUAUCCUCUGGCAACUGGGCUAGUAUUCUGCGAAUUCUUCUAGCUCUUGUCCACCACAUCCCUGAGGAGGAACGGAGGCCACUUUUCACAUUUAUCUUGCCACUUUUGAAUGAUCGGAUGGUUGAGGAUCCUCCUCCCUUCCCAUAUGCAGAGCUCUCCAGCCUCCUCGAUGUACUGUCUCACAUGUACCCACAGCUUUUUUACAAACCGCUCUUCUCUUGCGCUGCAUCGUCGCAGGAAUUCACCAUCGUCAACCACCUUUGCACACUGGCUAUCCAUUCCAAGUUUAUCGGUGAUUAUUGGAAUCGUGACGCAGAGAUGAUGUGCGUCGCUCUGCUGAGCGAUGCCGGGGCGGAGAAGGAAACAAUGACAUCGAUGGUGGGAAACACCCCAUGGGGCGUUGCCAGGUUGGGUCAAUUGGUUCUUCUUCUUGAGCUCAUUGGAAAAAUUCAAGCAGUGCGGCGGAUUAAAGAAUCAUCACCUGGAUCAGACAGGGCGCUGAUGGGAACUACGAAAUUCGUUGCAACUUUGGAAUCACGGCUGAACAUACUACUCGACGUCAAGGAGCGAUCCACAUUCAUUGCACCGUCUCAACGAAUGCUGUUUUGCAUAUUAUUUCGAGAGAUUAGGCUUUUAAAUCGGUCUCUUAAGCCUGCUCCAUGGCUUCAUAGAACCAUUUCUUGGUUUGUUGAUUUUUGCACAGACUACGAUCUGGGUGGUAAGUUAGAAUCUGAGGUCAACGAAUCCACGGAGAGAAUCCAGGGGUUGUAUUUGGCCGCCCAAGAAGGGGUACGCGAAAAUUAUCAGCGUCGGAGUACCAUGCUUCUUUCAGCAGCUUCCAAGUCCCCCGCCCCUCCGCCAAACAAAGAAGGAUUUGAUCUCGCCUCAAGUUUCGCACAACACAAAGUUUUGAUCGAUUCACUGUCAAAAGGAUUUGCGUCUAGGGCAAUGAACCUCUUUGUGACCAUGUCUUCGUUGCUGGUGGAUGAAGACUAUCGUCGUCUUGGGCCUCUGAUAUGGGAACACGGUUUGGUGGAUCACAUUGAUACCUCUGCGACCGCAUCAGCGUGUUUUUUGUUGAUGCAAUGUGCAGAGAAAGUUCCAGAGGAUCUACUUGCCGUUAUGGAGGUCGACUUGCAAAGCUCAGACGAUAUUACAAGAUUACGUUCAGUUCGAAAAGUUGGCACUCUGAUCAAUUGGCGAUUCCAGAUUUUAUCUCAGAAUGUUAUUGUUGACCGAGCUCAUAGAUCAUUUAAGUUGACUCGGGCGCCUCUUCCAUUUCUUGCGACGGAUAUGGGUACCAGCUUGUAUGUUCAAACGGAAGACUUCUCUGAAUCGAAAGAUAAGGAUAACAUUCCUGGGGAGCUAAGAAAGCGACUCGCGGAAAUUGGCUGGGCAGAAGAAGAUGCCAGCGUCGUAGACCCGAGACAACAGUGGAUAAAGACUCCGAUGUCAAUCCUGCCAAUACAUCGGCUAGAACGCAUGGAUGUUCUGAUGGGAGAACAAUUGCCUCCCACCGGGGGUUCCACAUCAGUGAAUGUUACACCUCUCCCUUCGCCCAGAAAAACCCCAAAGGAGCCGCUAGAGGAGCCUAACCCCCUUCUCCGCCGCAACUCAAGUUCUGGUGGCCCUCUCCAUAAUCAAAAACGAAGAGCGAUUUUUGUGCCACCUCUGACCUCAGUAUUUCGUCGUGUUGCUUCGUUGGUUUACGAUUCCAAUUACGCAAUCGCUUCCACUGCACGAACUAUUAUCUGGGAUUUGAUGCGUGGUGAUCCCGCACUUUUGACUCGACCAGUUCUCGAGCAGUUGUCAGGAGACAACAAAGACGUCGUCGCCGCAACUUCGACCCUUGCUGCCUUUUUGCAGAUGCGACGAGUCCUUCCUCCGCCGCUUACCCACAAUCUAUUCAACAAUCUCGCCGGUUUCUUGAAACACGCCGCCAAACAGUCGGAAUCUCAUGAGGCACUCUACGAUUUUGGCCUGGUGAUGCCUAUUCUUUCAAUGCUCACCACACAAGUGAGCGGGAUGUCAUUCCGAGAGAUACGUCGCGCCAAAAUUGAGCCUCUCUUGAUACCUUCUGGGUCACUUUGGUUCCCGACGUCGGCACCAAAAGGCCCCAUGUUCCCUCGAUAUUUGGAAGAAAUUGGCAACCCCUUUGAGGAUGUUCCUUCCCAACUGGUCUCCAUCACAAUGAUUCGAACCGCUCAAAACUUGCUUUUUUUAUCUGUACUAAAACGAAAUCAACAAGAUGUUCAAGUCGUUCGGAAGAACCUGUCAAGACUUGUUUUGCCAUCAAAAGACAGUCAUUUGCAGGACUUGCCACUCGAGAUGAGGGAUUUUGCUCCUCAAAGUCGGGACGUAAGCGAAGCACCCAAAUCGAACAAGACGCUGGACGCCUUGUCCCUGGUUCUCUCUCGUAGUUAUCUGCUCCUGGUUGCCCAAGUAUUUCGCUCUAUGUCGCGUCACCUUAGUGAUCGAAAUGAGCUCGCCGUUCUCGUCGAUGGUUUGAACCGAAUUCUUUUAGCUCAUGGAGACGACAUCGGGAUCGUUGGCCAAUCUCUUAUUGCUUUGAUGGUUGCCAGCACUCGCUUCAAACGCCUCUUUACGUCUGGCGGAGGAUAUACAUUGUUCAUGCCGGCGCUCGUGAAGAUAUACUCCGAAUCAGGAUCUCAUCCUGGCAUCAGACCAGCUAUCGAAUACGCUAUCAACCGAUUCUAUGCCCUUCACAAGGAAUCAUUUUUAUACCAGAGUCUUGGUAUCAUUGGUCAAAUGUUCAUGCUGCCAGGACUCGACGAGAAUUGGUUUGGCAAAAGCGUUUACGAUCUUUUUUUGUCCCUGAAAAAAGGCGUCACAGCAGCAACCACAGAUGCAGCGGGUAUUCACAACAUAAACAAGCUACAAGAACGGGAAGCCCUCCUUGUCUCGACAGCUGAUGAGAAACCGCAGACUUUCUUUGCAUCGAUACGUCGCACGGAAUCGCAAGCCAGUGGCGAUCGAUAUUCGGUUAACUUACCCGAAGAAUAUGAGACUGAACGUCUUCGAAUGGACAACUUCGUUCGCUUGUUCCUGACGGUGAUUGCACACGACCCCUCCAUCUUGAGAGCUCAACACUACCUCCGACUUCUUCGAUAUAUCGUUCCUUAUCUAUAUAAUGCUUCAGAUAGCACAAGAUCGACGUUGCAAGAUGGUAUCACUGCCUUGUGCGUCAUCUUGACGAAAGGGUUCAACCGUGCAAAGACUGCGGAUGGCGCUUUAGAGCGCUCAGCUGAGGACUCUGCUUUUCUUCCCCCGGUUGGACUGGAGGGUCAGGUGUUAGAGAACUCCAAAGCGCCAAGCGAUAUUCAAGCGAUGCGAAUCGAUUUCCUUUUCCUUGUCUUAAGUUUGGGUCAGGCCGGUGGUGACAUUUCGUUGACGUUGGCUCGUCAAACACUCAACUUACUAAAAGUUGUAUUGAAAGACUGCCAUGCGAAUGACCCCCCAGAAGCAAUCUCAUCAUUCCUGUCCGACUUCGUGAGGAUGUUGCUCAUUCGUGAGCAACCACAGCUGGCCAAGGCAGUCGUUAUAUUUCUUCAAGACUUGUCUCCUAUCCUUCAUGCGUACAUGGUUGCGUUGGAUUUCACUGGCGUUUUUGAAGUCAUUCUUCGAAUAUCCUCUAUACCUGUCUAUGUUGCCGAUCCAACCUUUGCCCAGGUUGUGGUUAGUGAGAUCUGCACAGCAGGAUUGGCAGCCUGCGAGCUGGCAGCAUCAGAAAACCAAUUAAUGACUUUGCCUUAUCGUCCAACUCUGGUCCAGCUUAUCGGAGAAGCCAUAUUUCUUCAAGGAGCUGAUGUGAUUGAAGAGUUGGAGAAGAGGACACCUUCGCACGCCUUCUUAGCUGGUGUCAUACUGCCUUUAACUCUUACAAUUGCGACAAGUGCCCAGCUCCUCACAAAAGGUUUACAAACCCAGGAUCGUCAUCGUACCGCACUUGCAAACGCGUGGUUCCGCCUGCUGUUUUACACGAUGUCAGCGUGUCAGAGGAGUCGGCCCCAGGGAGAAUUGCGAAGGUCAAAGUCGAAAGAGAAUAGGAACUCUGAUAGCGACAAAUUCUGGCGUUCUCAGCUACCAUCUUUCAUGAUUGCACUUCAAAUUCUGAAAGUUAUUAUUAUCCGCGGUGAAGCCGACAUUUCUUCUGUCGUUCCAGGCAUCUGGGAGCGAAUUGCUGGUUUUUGCAGGAUGGUAUUGGCGGACGGAAACGCAGAGUUUGCUUUGCGUGGUGAAUCAGCGUUCAACUCCCCAGCAGCGUCGCCGAGAUCCAGUGGUCAAUUCGAUUUCUCGUACUUCAAAUUGAGUGUAGGAACCUUCUCUAGGCCUCGAGUUACCGAUUAUGCCCUAUGGUCCAUGCUCGAGUUCGUCUGCGCGUACAAAUCUCCGCUCCGACUCCAGUUACGGCUCUUGGCAACAGAAAAGGUUUCAGGCAUCGACGCUGAACUCCAAAGACUGGGGAACCGAAACAAUCCGCUUUCGUCUCCGAGUAGCAGACGCACAUCCAUGUCUGUCUUUUCUAAAGUUCGGCGAUCUGUCAGCGGGAUGCCUUCUCCCGGCUCGCCGAGAUUGCUUGCCUCACCAUCGCCUACCCCACAUGAUCCGACUCUUUUUCUGGAUGCUCGCAGGCCAGGGUAUCAAAUCACACCAGUGUCGCCUCAGAAUGGGCCAAGGAUCGUCCAUUUGGGACCAGCUUCGCCCUCUGUGCUGUUGGAUGCUCCGUCUCCCGGAGGUAUUAAUGGUGGCGGCAUGCGCACUGCCAUCAAGACAACUAGGAUCAAAUCUCUUUCUCUCACUAAAGUAACAUAUCGUCGGGUGAGGGGCGUGCAGAGCUUCAUGGGAUAUGAUGUACUUAUACCACUGCCUCCAACUGUGCUCGAGGCUCAAGACGACAGCGACAUAUUAAGGGCUUGGACCAAGAACGAUGCAAUCCAAGCUAUAUUGCAAGAGACAAAAGAACUUAUGGAAGAGUUUGAGGAGUCGUUUGGGGAGACUGAAAAAGAUCGGGUGCCAAACCCGGAUCGAGAUCAACCGAGUACAGACUGA